CAAGGAAGUUGGUGACGUUUCAUGUGUCUUACGUUUAGUACACAACUUCACCGGGCAACGAGAAGAAGUCAGCCGCCGUCUGGUCGUUAAUUGGUCGGUGUUUUAGAGUCACAUAAAGGACGAAGAACUCAGCUGACCUUAGCUACCGUUAUCUUGCUCACGAGCUGUAAAAGUUGGUUAACCGAACCGAACAGAAGCCUCGUUGAACAUGUCUUCCUCCCGGUCAACCCGAGCCGGGGUGGACCUACCCGGGGACCCGCAUCACUAGAAGAUGGAGGGAUUGACCCGGGACUGUCAUGGCUGCUGUUGUGAAGGCGUGCUGUUACACCAGCGGCCGCUUGCUGGGAGGAUGGUGCCCGCUGCUGUGUGUCUUCCUCUGCUUUCUAGUGGCCGUCCUGAUGCCCCUGGUGGGGGAGGAGGACCGCUGCUGCGCCACCCUGAGGGGCUUCGCGCAGCUCCGCUGCCAGCUGUGGGGAAGCUCUCCGCAGCCUCCAGCUGUGCGGUCCACCAGCCUCACCGUCCCCUUCACGGCCCUGGAUGUUCUGCCUCUGAGGUCCAAGCCGAGCAAAGAGAUGAAGCUGGAGGCCAAAGCGGCGCUGCAGCUGGCUCUUGAGAUGAGGAAACAGGGGAAGAGGGACAAGGCUCACAAGCUGCUGGUGCACGCACUCGGCAUGAAUCCAGACUUUGUGGAUGCCCUAACGGAGCUGGGCACCAUUCUGGAGGAAGAGAAAGAUGUGGUCCAGGCGGACCACCUCUACACCAAGGCCUUGGCCAUCUCGCCGUGUAACGAGAGAGCCCUGGUCAGCCGGGACCGAACUCUUCCCCUGGUGGAGGAGAUCGACCAGCGUUACUUCAGCAUCAUUGACAGUAAAGUUCGCCGGCUUAUGUCCAUACCUAAAGGCAACUCGGCCCUCCGCAGGGUGAUGGAGGAAACCUACUACCACCACAUCUACCACACCGUGGCCAUCGAGGGCAGCACGCUCACUUUGUCAGAGAUCCGUCACAUCAUCGAGACUCGCUAUGCCGUCGCCGGGAAGAGCCUGCAGGAGCAGAACGAGGCCAUCGGCGUGGACGCGGCCAUGAAGUAUAUCAACACCACGCUGCUGUCCAGAACGGGGACCAUGACCGUGAGUGACAUCCUGGAGAUCCACCGGCGGGUGCUCGGGCACGUGGACCCCGUGGAGGGGGGGAGGCUGCGCACCAGCCAGGUGUUCGUGGGCCACCACAUCCCGCCGCACCCCCAGGACCUGCAGAGACACAUGCAGGAGCUGGCCCAGUGGCUCAACAGCGACGAGGCGCUGCAGAUGCACCCCGUGGAGUAUGCGGCCCUCGCGCACUACAAGCUGGUCUACGUGCACCCGUUCGUGGACGGGAACGGGCGCACGUCGCGGCUGCUCAUGAACCUUGUGCUGAUGCAGGCGCGGUACCCGCCGGUCACCAUCCGCAAAGAGCAAAGGGCCGAGUACUACGCCGCGCUGGACACGGCCAACGAGGGGGACGUACGGCCGUUCAUCCGCUUCAUAGCCAAAUGCACGGAGAUGACGUUGGACACGUUGCUGAUUUCUACCACGGAGCAUGCUGUGGGGCUGCCGGGAGCCAGCCAGGAACACGCCUGCCCUGACUGCAAACAGACCAUCCCCAUUCACAACUGAGCCGGAGGCGGGAGAAGCUCGGAGCUCUUCCCAAGGAUUGUGUUUUGAAAGCCCUCUGCUGUAACCCCUUUGCUUCAGUUUGCGUUAUACGCUUACUCAAUUCAUUGGGAUUCUCCAGGGUGUUGAAUUGAAGUGUAUUUGGAGGUUUACACACUUUUAGUGUGCUUUCAGUGUCCAACAGUCGGGAUUAUGCAUUUCUAUUACCAUCAGAGUGCAAUCUACUGGUUCGGUGAGGAGGAAAGUUCUGAUGUCAUACCACUCGAGAUGCUUCAGUGUGGGAACAUUCAGAUAAUUAUCUUCUUUGGGAUGAAGGUGAUGUCUUUAACACUGUAAAGAAUAUAUAUAUUAUGUAUAUGAUUAUUUAUUUUAAAUUAAGUGUUUUAUUAAAGUUUUACAAUUGACAACUUGUCAUUGGAAACAAA